AUGUCCCUUGACGAUAUUAAUCAAGAAGCAAUAAGAGCCCUGGAUCGGCUCCUGACGACGUGGCAGCACGAUAUGUUUAACGGAUCAAGGGUAUGGGAUACGACGGACAAGGAGGCCGGGCUCGCUAUUGAGACUGGGACGAAGCUUUACAUCUUCUUAAUUAGAUUGGCGUCUCAAAACGAGGAUAUUAAGUAUUUUGAAGAGAACCAAGAUGCUGAUAAUUCAUAUUGGUUUGUUUUAAAUCCUGAAUUAUUCUUACUCGGAAUUGUUUCUGAAAGUUUGGGUACGGCAGAAGUUGUUCUUCUCUCGACGAACAGAUGCCUUGCUGCUGUGAAGAGAUACAAUGUUCCCAACUUGAUGGGAAGACCAAUGAAGAUAGAGAUUUGUGGAAAUAUUGGCUACUUUGCUGCAUCCUUCAGCUGGGGCAAGGAAAGAGGUGGUGCAGUGGGGCGGCAACGUGGUGGCAGUGGCGGUGGCCGUGGAUUUUGGAAGAGGUCGUGGAGUGGGAGGGGCGGGCGGGGGCGGGGCCGUGGUGAAAAGGUAUCCGCAGAAUGAUCUGAUGCUGAUCUGGAGAAAUACAUUUCUGAGCUAAUGCAGACCAAAUUAAAUGCUUUUCUUUUGUUUCUUGGUUGGACGUUCAACCCUCUAUUUUGGCUUUUUUCAUAUGCUAAUGGUGGUUCAACAACCCCAACUGCUGUUCUGUAA